GGGUCUAUCGAAUAAAAGAUUUAUCGAAUUGCAACAAUGGAACGGAAACAUCGAUUUUUUUCUUACAUUACUACUUUGUGCAUAUUUUCGUAAACACAUAUUUUAACAGUGAGGUAUUUUAUACCCCCAAUUUUUUGGGAAAAAUGUCUGAGUCCGUUCGUCUAACAAACGAUGAUUUUCGUAAGCUCUUGGCCACACCACGUCAUCCACCACCAGGUAGUACUCCUUCGAUAAAUGCCACAACUGCUCCUUCGUCGUCAACGGAAAAGAAAAAGCCACAAGGUACCAGUAGUGAACGUAAUGAUUUGCGACGAAAAAAGAAAAACUUUUAUGCAGCACUUAAGAAACAAGAAGAUGGCAAGUUACAGCAGCUUUCGGAAAAGUACCGCGAUCGAGCACGUGAACGUCGUGAUGGUGCUAACCCAGAUUAUCAAAAUGUUAGCACUCCUGGUCACAGUAGUACCAAUGCCUAUCGUGCUGUUGCUCCUGAUUUGAAAUCAGGCAUUGAUGCCGCAGAACGUCGCCGUAGAAUUAUUCAGGAAUCGAAAUUCUUGGGUGGUGAUAUGCGGCACACUCACUUGGUAAAAGGUCUCGAUUAUGCACUUUUGCAAAAGGUUCGAUCUGAAUUGCAAACCCAAGAGGUAGAAGAACAAGCUAUGGCUGUAGCGGCAGCAACUGAAAAGUUGGCUGAAACCGCAGCUGCUGAGCAAGCUGAAGUUGAGUCCAAAGACAUAGAUGACCAUUUGGCUAUUAAAAGUGCUAUGGCUCGUAACAUUUUUAGUUUAGUUCAAGCGCGCCGAUCAAAAGAUGUACCCCGAAUUGAACUCUUUGCUCCCGGCCGAAUGGCCUACGUUAUUGAUUUGGAAGACGAACUGAAUGAAAGCGAUAUACCAACAACUUUAAUUCGUUCAAAAUUUGAGGUUCCCGUAAAUCGUGAAGAUAUUGCCACACUUACAACCAAUGACAUCGUCAUAAAUAAAUUGUCACAAAUUCUCUCCUAUUUAAGAGCUGGUGGCCGCAAUAAGAAAAACAAGAAGCGUGACAAAGAUAAGCCUCUUUUUUAUGAAAAAGAAAUGGAACAAUCAAUAAACAUGAUUGGGACAGGAGUACAUGGGAUUACGACUUCAUCCGGUAAACCACUGGGUGAUAGCAUAUAUGACGAUAUUGGAGACUAUCAACCGAGCUCCAAGAAUGAGACUGCUAAAUUGGACAAAAAUAUCCCGAAAGUCGCAGCUGGCACAUAUUUCGUUGAUGCCAAGGGUGUCGAGGACACAGAGCCUUUGAUUACCAUACCACCGCCACCUAAGAUUACAAAAACUAUAGCCUCACGUUUUACCAACGAGCCUGAAGGUUAUGCUGAGUGCUAUCCCGGACUAGAAGAAAUGAAUGAUGCCAUUGAUGAUUCAGAUGACGAAGUGGACUACACAAAAAUGGAUUUGGGAAAUAAAAAGGGACCAAUCGGACGAUGGGACUUUGAUACCCAAGAGGAAUAUUCCGAUUAUAUGAGCACCAAAGAGGCUUUACCGAAAGCAGCAUUUCAAUAUGGUGUCAAAAUGCAAGACGGAAGACGAACACGGAAAAACAAAACGGAAAAAAGCGAAAAGGCCGAACUGGAUCGCGAGUGGCAGAAAAUUCAGAAUAUUAUACAAAAAAGAAAAUUUCCUAAAGGAGGUGCAGACGAACCUGAUUACAAAGUUGCAAAAUAUUAAUACCCUAAAAAUAGCAAAACUGAAUAAUACAAUAUAUAUGUAUACCAAACUUACAGAGAAAAA